CCCGCGCAAACCCCCAAAUUUCGGGUUGAAUGAACAAGAAUCAGACCGCUAAUAACAUGCAGGAACUUUUCUCUUGGCACGGCACUCCCCGAAUAUAAUGACUGAAAACUUCAAGACUUCCUCAUACGGCUAUCACUUCCCAGGGUUCUAGGUUCCAGCUUGUGUAAUAGUCGUUGUUUGUUCUGGCAAGAAACAUGCGGUUCGAGUCACUACUCUCUGUGGCAUCGCUUGCUACUGCCACCCACACAUCUCUCAAAGCCCGUAGUGACGGCUCUUGCUUGACGGCCAACCACACUUUAUGGAUGUGCGGCGACAGCACCAUGGCACCUGGUGGUGGCCACAAUGGGACUGAGGGAUGGGGCCAAUAUUUGCAAUACUCCCUCGAUUCGUCUCUGAUCCGCGUCAACAAUUCUGCAUAUGCCGGUCGAAGUGCACGAUCAUUCACGCGCGAAGGACGAUUCCAAGCCAUCAUCGACAAGAUCGCCCCUGGUGACUGGGUUGUGAUUGAGUUUGGUAUCAACGACCAAAGUUCCAACUCUACAUUUCCGGCAAACGACACCAAAUACCGUGUGGAUUGCCCUGGCAUGGGCAACGAGACGUGCCCGGUCACCUAUAAUAACCAAACCGAAAUCGUCCAAACCUAUGUGACAUACGUACGAAAUGCAUCAUCCAGCUUCCUAUCGCGUGGAGCCAAGGUCAUCAUAUCACCGCCCACACCAACCAAUCCUUACCAGUAUGGUGACUUCAGCUGGAGUCCGAUGAUAUACUCCUACUAUGCCUGGUACACGGUUCAGUCCCUGGGUGGGCCUGAUGCCGGUGUGUACUAUGUCGAUCAUAGCAGCUAUGCCGCUCAGGCUCUCAAGUUGUUGGGGCCUGAUGUUGUCAACUCAGGCUACCCAAUGGACAACACCCACACAGCCCCUUUCCUGGCUGACACGUUUGCAAAGGCUUGGGUAUUGGGAUUGAGGUGUGGUACUUCACUGCUUCAGAGCUAUGUUGUUAACGCUACGUCGCGGAUUGAGGGGAGUACUCUGGGGAAUUGCCAGUCUGUCAAUGCGACGUUGCCGAUCUAGGAUCUAUCAUGUAUUAUUGCAGAUUUAAUGCUCUUUACCCAAGACGCAACAUGUUAUAUAUAUAGGGGACAACUUCCAGAUACUACCUUCAUAAACCUCAAGCCUAACGAAAC